GACGAAUAAGUACAAUCCGGCGCAAACGUCGCCGACUGCAACCACAUGGGAUAUCUGCCCUGAACUAUUACAAGCAUACACGUAUUCCUGCCAGCACUUACAAAAUGAGGGUGUUGUUAUUCGUGCUCGGCGUAGCGGCGACAGCCUUGGCGGCUCCACAGAAGUCCGAUGAGACAGCGCAGAUCAUCAGUCAAGAUUUUGAUCAACAGGUCGAUGGCUCGUACAGAUUCAGCUAUGAGACUGACAAUGGGAUUAAGGCGGAGGAGACAGGUACCCUGAAGAAGGCCACUGGCCCUGACGCCAGUGACGUCAUCGUUGCUCAGGGCGCAUUCACCUACACCGCGCCUGAUGGCACUGUCAUCGCUCUGAAUUACGUAGCUGAUGAUGAAGGCGGUUUCAAACCAGAGGGCGCACAUUUACCAACUCCACCUCCGAUACCGCCAGCGAUCCAGAAAGCUCUCGAAUACCUCGCCACGGCGCCACCACCACCUCAGUCCAGGAACUAAACUAUGCUCCCGACGAGACCUACAAAUGAUCAAAUGACCCAUGCUACUUACAAACCUGUAUAAAUAAAUAUCCCACGGACAUACGCAGGAACCGCUUUGAAAAGGGUCAUCGAAUAUUCGUUUAGCUUCCAAAAUAGAUGCAAAAUUUAUUAGUACUCUUUACAAAACGGCCCCUGCUUCUGUAAUAUAUUUACUUGUAAGCAAUAAAAAAUGUUUAAAAAAUAAAUUUGUGUACGACUGAACUGUGAUAGAUUGAAGUUUCAUAAAAUGAUUGUAUUUAUUUUUUAACCUAAUAAAAAGCAUAAAUCAGUGCCAGAGACGCACUAAAAAUUA